AUGUCAAGUGAGGCGUCGCCCCGUGCUGUUCGCUUCUCGCCCAGCGAGGUUGAGUUGCUCGACGAUAAGCUCAUUCAUCCGCGGCCUCUCGCCAUUGCAACCGACUCAGAUCUCUCCAACUCCUCCGGGGACUAUACGCCAGACCAAAAUGACCUCGCCGAACUCGAGCGACAGGACGAGCUGGGCAACCUGGCUAGAUAUGCUGAUGGUGGAUUAUCGGGUUCCAUGGCUUCGCUAGCCCCCAAUUCAGUAGCCAACAGCGCUAACAGGAAUCGCGAUGCCGUCGCGGUAGCCAACACCAAUGGUACGCCUGCGCGCCUCGCUUCCAGACCUUUGCCACUGGCGAGGACUCCCUCGAGUACAUAUGCGCCGCAAAGAGGACCUGCAGCUCAAACUGUGAGCAUCAAUACCAGAUCGGGGUCUCGUCCCCGCCGCUCCGACGACCCGGAACGACAGUUUCGCAACCAGGAACCUGCCUACCUCCGCAUGAUACGCCACCAGGAACAGCCGACCAGUGGCUACUUUGGCACAGAACCCUACACCCCAAGCCUUGACUACACCGACGAUGAAUCCGAAGGGGAGACACCUUCAUCCGAGGGUAUCUUCGAUGAUCGAUACAAUGAGGAAACUAUCAUGUUCUAUAAUCCAGACGAGAACGAUGUCCAACCCACCGAGGACGACGUGAAAGAUCCAGACAACCGUGAAAGGUUGGAAUGGCAUGGUAUGCUGGCGGCCGUCCUAACUGGAGAUGUUGUCAGACAGGAGAAGAAGCGUCUUAUAGGCUCGUCAGAGAAGGACGGAGGCCUCACCGCCCACAAGGCUGAACUCUGGAUUGGCCUGCGCUCAAAGAUUUGCGGUCGGUCCCUCGCUGUGCAGCGGCGAAUGGUUGAAGAGGCUCGUUCGAAUCUUGACAGAGUCAUUGACGAGAUCACCCGUUUCGAAGUGCAAGGCGAAAGUGAGGCUGGAAAGCCACCGAUCGAGCAGAUACGCGACGUUGUCAAGAAGAUCGAAAAGUGCGAAAGCCUAUAUCCCUCUUCACAGACUCUCGCUGCUAGCCACAAAAACGCGACUCUACCAUCAUUUUCUGAGGCAUGCAACGCCGUUCUGUCCUGGUACAACACAAACGAGAUGAUCAAUACGGAGCUUGAGAUCCUCAAAAAGUGGGUGGGCAACGAUGACUUGGACUUUCAAAUGAAGAAGCAGAGAUCACCGAGCACGAAUGGUCUAAGCGAUGAGACAUCCUUCUUGGACCGAUUGAUGAAAGAGGAUGGUCUCAAGUCUUUGCACGAUGAUGAUGGCGAUGAGCACGAGAGACAGAAGACCGCGGCCAAGACCAAGUCUCUCAUUCGUCGGAGUAUGCUCACGGCAAUCUCAACCACCAUUGCCAAAGCCAAGGAAACCCUCAUUGCUAAUUCGGAGGCUUUCAAGAAGCGUCAUCUGCCGCCCUACAUUGAGGAGAUCCUCACUUUGAUUAGCUUUCCCUCUCGGCUUAUCGAGGAGAUUAUCAAGGUCAGACUUGCCUACGCCAGGAAGAUGAAAGAGACGACUCAGCAGAAUAUGAUACUGCAAGAUCAGAUGAUUGGCCAGUUUGAGAUUCUUCUUCGACUUGCUAUUCGUAUCAAACAGGACUGUUUGACCGUUUUGCAACCACAGCCGGGUUGGCAGCUACCUCCCUGCAUAGACGACUCUUUUGACCAGGUCGUGCUUGAAGCCUUGAGAUAUUAUUUCAAGAUGCUGAACUGGAAGUUGAGUCGAAACAAGAACACCUUCAAGGAGGCAGAACUGCUGUUCCAGGAGUGGGAUUUCGCCAACAUGGUUGGCCGGAACCUUCAGGGAGGUGACAAUGAGGUUGCUGAGCAGUUUAGUACACUCACGUUCAAAGCCCUCAGUCGUCUCAGUCAGACCUUUGAACGGGAACUUCAACGCAAACCAAGAGAGGCAGCCGAUGUCAUGAGCAAACGAUACAAGCAGGUACUCGAGUCUGUGCGUGUCAGGCAAAGAAUGUUGCAGCGGUUUUCACGAAUGCUUAGCGACCAUUACGAAAACGCUUCUGACAUGAGCAUUGCAUUUGCAUCUAAUGAAUUGCAACAUUUUUACGAGCGACUUUCAGUCAGCGGCCACUUUCUGGUCGAUGAGGUCGACGGAAUACAGAUCAUCGCUUCUCCGACACUUGUGGGCCGGGACGACGACGUCCAGUCAAUCAUCCGUACCUGCUUUCACGGAUCGCUGCAGGAGCCCGAUCCGACCGACCCGUACAUCCUUAUCUGCAGGCCAGAAACACCUUUGCACUGGUUCGGGAACCGCAGCACGCAGCCCCUGAACAUCGAUUCGACGGAUCUCAAACUUGGCCAAGUGAGACUCGUCGCCGAUGGGUCACAAUACAGGCUAGCAAACGCGCGAAAGGCUUUCCUGGACACAAUCGACAUGCAUCUUGAUUUGAUUGUUGAGCAGCGCUCGAACUUGCACAAAGUCAACACCAGAUUAAUGGAGAUUCGCAAAGUCGCAUUCAAACUGUCAAACACUUUCAUGGACAGUGUUGAGAUUAUCAGAAGGCAGACAAAAGGCAUGAACUGCACCGACCUCAUUCAGACGUGUUUCAUCUUCGCAACUGAGUUUGGUCAACGGUCGUUGAUCAGCAUGGAUAGCAACCGACGUCAAAUGAACAAUAUGAAGCUCACCAAAUUGGCCCUUGAUUGGGUGAGCUUCAUCUGCGAUGAUUGUGCUGUCAGUGAUCGCAAAUCCUUUCGCUGGGCUGUUCCCGCACUCGAGUUCGCCAUGGGCAUGACAAGAGGACGUCAUAUUCUGGGGCUGGAUCCCUCCGAGUACGCUAGGCUCCGUGCCAAGGUAUCAGGCUGCAUGAGGCUUCUCAUUUCGCAUUUUGAUAUUCUUGGUGCCAAGUCCAAUCAAGCAGCACAGACCGAGAAGGAACGUAUCGAGGCUCUGGUUGGGCAGUUCAAGAGGCUUGACAAGAAUCGCAUGCUCGACGAUGAUGAAGCAUUCAAGUACAUUCAAGAACAGCGUCUAGAGCGGAUUUCCGACAUUGACGAGGUUCAGCGACAGACGAUCGCCGAGAGGCAAGGACUGGGUCGAGUAUUGGAGGUGUCAAACGAAGUCGACCGAUCACUCGCGUUCCUAUCCUCUUCAGCGACCAACGUCACCAUGCGCUGGCAGCAAGGACACUUCGUGGGUGGCGGCACUUUUGGCAAUGUGUAUGCUGCAAUGAACCUUGACACUGGUCACCUAAUGGCUGUCAAAGAAAUUCGUCUUCAAGACCCCAAACUUGUUCCUCAGAUCGCCACUCAAAUCAAGGACGAGAUGGGUGUCCUCGAGGUACUCGACCAUCCAAACGUGGUCUCGUACUACGGUAUCGAAGUCCAUCGCGAUCGCGUCUAUAUUUUCAUGGAGUUCUGCUCAGGCGGCUCCCUUGCGAACCUGCUGGAGCACGGGCGAAUUGAAGACGAGCAAGUCACCAUGGUCUAUGCACUGCAGUUGCUUGAGGGACUGGCAUAUCUUCACGAAAGUGGCAUCGCCCAUCGCGAUAUCAAGCCAGAGAAUAUUCUCCUCGAUCAUAAUGGUGUAAUCAAAUAUGUGGAUUUUGGCGCAGCCAAGGUCAUUGCUCGACAAGGGCGCACUUUGGUCAAGACCGCAGCGACCACACCCAAUCGAUCCAUGACUGGCACCCCCAUGUACAUGUCUCCCGAGGUCAUCAAGGGCGAGAGUCCCGGCAAAGCUGGGUCUGUCGACGUAUGGUCCCUGGGCUGCGUGAUCCUAGAGAUGGUGACUGGGCGCAGACCAUGGUCGAAUCUGGAUAAUGAGUGGGCGAUUAUGUACAACAUUGCCCAAGGCAAUCCGCCACAACUUCCUGGUUCCGACCAACUCAGUCCUCAAGGCAUCGACUUUUUGCAGAAGUGCUUCAUUCGCAAUCCCAAAAACCGGGCCAGUGCUGUUGAGCUCCUUCAACAUGAAUGGAUUAUGAGUAUCCGUAGUCAAGUCAUUGAGCCUGCAACGCCAAGCGACAGUUCGGGCUCGGCUCAAAACACGCCUCAUCCAAACUCCGCCAGCAGCCGGGCUGCCGCCGAGGGCUUUGCUUAG